AUGACGAAGUCCUCUCGUCGCAAGAAGCCGUCGACGCCGCCCUCGGGCGCCUCGACACCCACGUCUGGUCCCAUCCCACCAUUCACCAAAGUCCCGGCGAUCCUGACACCCUUCGUCGAACCACUUUGCUAUGAAGAAGUAUACCUCGUCCACAUCGACACUACCCACACGGACCAGAAAUGGCAGAGCUUCCUAGUUCCAUCCAUCGUCAACAUCGUGGUAGCCGUCGUAAUCGCCGUACGCGCCUACAUGGCCAUCAGCACAUACCCAGCACUGUUCAAGAUGCUAUUCGGACUCCGGAGCUCUCUGAGCGUGGACACGGCCACCGUGUCAUGGAUGCAACAAACCGCAAUCAUUCUUCGCCGGACGGGCACGAUUCUCAUCGACUACUUCCUCGUGACACUUUUCCUGUCCUGGCCCUUCCACUUCGCGCUCGGACCCGUGCGCUGGCGCCGUGCCGUCGGUUUCCGCGAUCGCGAGGUCGUCGUGCGCCGUAGCGCCAGCAGCUGGAGCCGCAAGCUCGAACGCAACACGUGGAUCCGCGACAACGAUGCCAUGCGUGACAAGAUCGUCGCUGCCGUUACACCCGAGCGCAUCGGCAAGACGGGCUACCUGCUUGUUGACGCGGACUGGAAUCUGGACUAUCCUGCCAUGAUUCGCGCCCACGGCCUAGUCGACCGGAUCCGCAAAGGUGACGGCGUGCAGUUGGAUGAGUUCCGCACGGCUGUGCUGGUCCAUACCGAUACUGACGGCUGGCUGAUCUGGCGGGUCGGGGAUGAGAACACGCCUGCUGGACUCCAGCGGUCUGAGCAGCGGGAUCAGAUCCUCGCCUUCCGCGAUAAGUUGGCUGCCAUGGGCAAGGAGGAUCUGUUCUUCCGCUGGGUUGAGGUGGUCCAGUGGGAAAGCUCACAGCCUGGUGGGUUUACUCCGGAGAGGCAGAAGUCUGCUAUGCUUCAGGCCAAGCAGAUGUUUGAGGAAGAGAAUGUGGAUUUCAGUAGUUUCUGGGAUGAUUUGGGUGGCAUGGAAGGCAUGGAUAUCUCUGAGACAUGA